UCUUUGCAGAUGUGGUGGAAUUGUUCACGAAGGUAUGUGCUCUUCGAUUUGAGAUCUAGGGUUUCUGAUUUUUAUUUACUUUUUUUGUGAUUAAUGAUGAACAAUUGAAAUGAAUAGGGCGUUUGAUUGAAUUAGUUGGGGUUAUGUUGUGAUGAGGUUGAUGAACAUGUUGUUCUCUUCACGGCGCCAAGGUGAUUAUGGUGACGGUGGUCGCGAUCCGCCAGCCCACUCCAUCUCUCUAUCUCUUCUCGAGUCCUCUGCUUAAAUCCGAGAAUAAGACUGCCAGGUUGGUUCUUGCUUUGGGGGCUAAACCAAAGCUCGACAUGGUACCAAGGGCUGUAGAAUAUGCUCUGCCAUUUUCCACUUUUGAGGAUGCAUGUGUUCCUCCGACAUCUGCUAGUUAUGUUAUGAUAUGCGUUCCCAUUUGUUAUGGUUUUGAAGUCUUGGCUUUUCCUUGCAAUCAAUUUCUCAAGCAAGAACCCAGGACAAGUGAAGAUGCUGCAAAUUUUGCUUGUACCAGAUUUAGUGCUGAAUAUCCCAUUUUUCAGAAGGAAGCAUCAUUGCUAGACAUAACUAAUCAAGCUUGUAGUCUUUUUAAUCCGACUGAGGUUCCAGAAUUUCAUCUAAGAAGUUCAAUUUGUUUUACUAAGAUAUGGGGCUGCUUCUGUGCUGGUGUUCUGCUUUUGUGUUGCUGUUCUGCACUUCUGCUACUGUGUAGCUGCAUAUGUUUGUAACCUUGUAAUUUAUUUUAAUUUUUGGACAAAAAUUGUAAUAUUACAACAUUUUUUAAAUGAAAAUAUGUAAGUUUAUAU